AUAACGAGUUAUAUCAGAAAGCAACCACUCAUGACGCGCGAGUCUGUAGUGUUGAAACUGUGUCCAUUACGGCUCUAUAUAGUGCUGUUUGUUGAAUGUUAAUUAGAACCAAAAUGGCCGAAGAAGUCCUUCAGUGGCAGUCAGUCCCAACCAGUUCCUAUGAAUGACGGCUUGAACACCCAAUAGCAGUAUGAUUUGUGAGGUUCGGUACCCAACCACAUCGCAGCACACAGUGGUAUAAUACAGUAGUUAGUUGUUCAGAUCAACAAGCCGCUAUUUUGGAAGCAGUUUGACAAACAUUCACUGUUCUUCAGUUGAUCUCAGCGGCUACCUGUUUCCAACGAGACGUAUCACGCGUGAUCAGCGAUAAACCAGCACAAAACUAGCCAGCCUCAUUGCCCCGAACGUAUAAGGUUGGAUGAUAUCGUCGGUCGAGCUGUAGGGCAGCUAGUUCAUUUUUCUAUUUCAUAUGAGGCAAGUUUGUGACAACGGAACAGCCAGCGUUCUUCUUUUUUGAUUGGCUGAAUCUUUAACGUUACACUACACAAACGGGCUAGCAUAAACUUUUCAUCUUUAAUUUGGCAACUUGUCAAUAGCGCUAACGUUAGCCAACCUCUUGUUUUUUGCCAAUACAACAGUCCAAUACUUCACGUGUUUUAUGUGAAGCAACUCAUAGUUUUGUUUUUGUAAACAAGGCGCUUUUCGACGAACUACCUAUAAAACUAAAGACAUUUAAAUAACUGUUUGCUUUUAAAGAGGGGCAAAGCCUUAGCAUCAGCCUUGUCUAGCCAGCUAUCAGAAAACGCUUACCUGAACCAUUUUAACAGUCAUUAAGGAAGAGAAUUGUUUGGCUUCAAUACGAAUUGGUGCUGUGUUCAUGACAUUUAACUUUUAAACAGCCCGUUUGACACACUGCAGGAGUAACUCUUUAGUGUUACCUCCUGCCUUUUAAAACAAUCCCUAACACAACAGUAAGCCACCCGAGAGCCAGUGGUAGACCUCGAGCAGGUUGUGUGCAGCCACGGAAUCCCUCAUCGGAUUGUUACAUUAUCAGUGUUAUUGUUGAAAAUGGCGGCGAUCGGAAUGGUGCAGAUGUUGAUCGAAGCAGCCGAAUACCUUGAUCGCAGGGAACGAGAAGCUGAACAUGGCUAUGCCUCCAUGCCACCCUUUAUCAGCAGUCGAGAGAGGGAAAGCUUGAAAAGGAAAAGUAAAAGCAAGAAAAACACAAGUAGCAGGUCUACGCACAAUGAAAUGGAAAAGAACAGACGGGCACAUCUACGGCUGUGCUUAGAGCGCUUGAAAUCCCUUGUUCCCUUGGGACCAGAUGCUAACAGGCACACCACCCUCAGCCUGCUGAUGAAGGCCAAAGAUCACAUCAAGAGGUUGGAGGAGAGCGAUAGGAGAGCUCAGCACACCUUAGAGCAGCUACAACGGGAGCAGAGACACCUGAGGAGGCGUUUGGAGCAGCUGGGGGUGGAGAGGACCCGCAUGGACAGUACUGGCUCCAUUGUGUCCUCCGACAAGUCCGACUCCGACCAGGAGGACCUGGAUGUGGAUGUGGAGGGCACUGACUACCUGCUGGGUGACCUGGAGUGGAGCACCAGCAGUGUGAGCGACUCAGGGGACGAGCGAAGCAGCCUGCGCAGCAGCUAUAGCGACGAGGGCUACUCCAGCGCCAGCCUGCAGCGCCUGCAGGACACUCAGGAGAGGGCCAAGCAGCUGGGCUGCAGCCUAUAAACAGCACUGGUCACUGACCCAACACCCACCUCCACUCCUCCAAUCCCAUCCCAAUAUUGUCUCACCACUCCCUGG